AUGGCGAGCACGUCGAGGUCUGUUUUCCUGUUUUCUAUUUAUUCUCGCAGAUUAUCUGACAAAUAAAUUUGCGUAUAAUAACGUUCCAUAUUAUUUCUAGCUAUAAUAAUGCUGCGUAAGUUUAUAGAAUCGAAGCGAAUAAGGUGGUGUGCUAUGCUCAUCCAGAUGCCCCGCUCAUUGAAGACUAUAGGGCGGGUGACAUGAUAUGCUCAGAGUGCGGCCUCGUUGUAGGGGAUAGAGUAAUAGAUGUCGGGUCCGAGUGGCGUACAUUUAGCAAUGAGAAGUCUGGCGUCGACCCUUCUCGUGUUGGUGGACCUGAAAACCCACUGCUAUCAGGUGGAGACCUCUCCACAAUCAUUGGACCUGGCCGUGGAGAUGCCUCCUUUGACAGUUUCGGAGUUUCAAAGUAUCAAAAUAGAAGAAACAUCAGUAGUACAGACAGAGCACUAAUAAAUGCAUUUAGAGAAAUCAACACAAUGGCGGACAGGAUAAAUCUGCCAAAGACAAUUGUUGACCGAGCUAAUAAUUUAUUUAAACAGGUACAUGACGGUAAAAAUCUAAAAGGACGAGCGAAUGACGCGAUAGCAUCCGCCUGCCUCUACAUAGCGUGUCGACAAGAAGGUGUGCCGCGUACCUUCAAAGAAAUCUGCGCAGUCAGUAAAAUCAGCAAGAAGGAAAUCGGAAGAUGCUUCAAAUUAAUCCUCAAAGCACUUGAAACGUCUGUGGAUCUCAUCACAACGGCGGACUUUAUGUCUCGAUUCUGUUCGAACCUCGGUCUGCCUAAUUCGGUACAAAGAGCAGCAACUCAUAUUGCGAGGAAAGCCGGGGAACUGGAUAUUGUAUCAGGCAGAAGUCCAAUAUCAGUGGCUGCGGCUGCGAUAUAUAUGGCGUCACAAGCAUCUGAAGACAAACGCAGUCAGAAGGAAAUUGGCGACAUAGCGGGUGUGGCCGAUGUGACAAUUAGACAGUCAUACAAACUCAUGUACCCGUUCGCAGCAAAACUCUUCCCAGAGGACUUCAAGUUCGCUACACCUAUCGAAUUCCUACCACAAAUGUAAUUUAUCGUGUGCUACUAUAUUACUAUUACUAUUCUUUAUAUUUACAGUCAGUUGAAAUGUAUUUUCACAAAUGUGUCUCUGAAUGAUUUUUUUAAUGCAAUUGUUAUAAAGUAAAAACUAUGCAAUACCGAUCGGGUAAAUUUGAGUUUUUCAGAUCUCAUAGUUCUAAAUUAAACUAGAUUGACUCAAAUAUUUGAGUUUGUCAAUCUAGGCUAGAUUUAUAUUUAUUCAAUUAGAAGUGUUUUUGUCACAACAUAGAUUUAUAUUUACAGAUAGAGGAUUGUUUAUCCUUUAGAGGGUUGUCUUAUCAUCUAAAAAUGAAGAUAAAUUAUAAGGAUGAUAAUUUUCAAUUUUUGUUUAAUUUAGUUUAAUAACAUUAUUUCCACGACUAUUUUAAUAAUCGUAACAUAGUAGAUCCGUAGAUAAUCUUAUUCAACUGACUGUAAAUUUAGAGAUAAUAAUUUAGUAUUAAGUUUAUUGAUUAUAUGCAUAAAUUAAAAAUGCUUUAAUUGAUUAAGCUAACUCGUAAUUCUCACAAAGGUUUCGUUACGCAUACUUAUAUUUAUUUGCAUUUCACAAUAAAUCUUGUAUCGCAUAAACAACAUAUUUUGUUACGUAGUAGCCUUGCCGCGCGGGUUUACUCGCGGUUUAAAAGCGCAGAAGCAUGUAUUUCUAUAGCUUAUAUGCAUUAGCUAUAUCACUGCCAAGUAUAAUCAUAAUCCGUUCAGGGAUUUUCUCGUGAAAGAGUCAUAAACAGACAUACACAUAUUUAUUCUAUGUCUCUCAAACUUUCGCAAUUAUAGUACUCUUAGCAUUCUAUUAAUAUAAUAAAAAAUAUUGCCUUAUCGGACGGAACUUUACUUAAUUUUACCAUAUGAAUGGAAUGGGUUAAAAAUUGUACAAAAAACGUUAAAAAAUAUCGUGAUCGUGUGCUUAUUAAUAAUGUUAAAAAUAUUAAAGUUUGUAUGGACAUGAAGAUUUUUUUAGCUUUUUCCGAAACAGAAUAUCUGUACUAUAAUAAAAUGUGUGUGAGAGUGACGUCAUCUUGAGUGGUCUCAUCAUAGAAGCUUUAUAUUUAACCAAUCUGUCAAUUUUAUACCGGUUAUAAUAAUAUAUAUAACCGGUUAACAAAGGAGAUAUAUAUAGAUUAAUAGGAGGUAUAUAAGUAUAUCAUCAAAAGACUACAAACAAUAAUUAUUUUUUAACAAAAACUAAACCACCUGCAAAUUGUCAGAAUAAGACAAAAUUUGAUGAUUGAAAAUGUGACCACACGGGAGGUAACAGCUUUCAAAUAAAAAAAGAAUCACCAAAAUCGAUUCACCCAAACGAAAGUUCUGACUAAACCAAUAAACAAAGAGUACAGUGGAAUAGAUCGCCUCUGAUCGUUUUCUGACGUCGGUUGAAAAGUUGAAAAUGAGACAUUCUUUAGAUAGGAUUUUCAAAUAGAAUUCCUAAAUGUGUAUUAUUUAUACGUAACUGUCUAUAAAAUACGCUACUUAUCAGUAUAUUUUUUUCUUUGUUAUAAAAUAUUUUAGUUUGAGUGUGCACCAAGAAAAGUUUUUUUUUUUUGUUAUAUUACUAUGCGUUAAUAUGUGUGCGUGCGACAAAACAAUGGUUAGUCGUGGAUUAAAGAAAAGCAUUAUUUAGUUAAAACAAACACAAAAGUCUGACAGAAGAGUGAUAUUAUUGCUAGCAUUUUUUGUGAAUUUGUUGUCAAAAAAUAUGUUAUCUACAUUUUUAUAAAUGGCUUGUACUAAUUGAUAAUACACAGAUGAAAUUGUUGAUUUUUAUAUAUGAAUAGUAUUAAAAUAGUGCUUAAAUCCAAAAGAAUAAAAUAUAUUGUAUAAUUAAAUAUUGUGUCUGACAGAGACAUUAUAUAAUAAGCCAUUAAAUAUUAUCAAAUUGUAAAGACAUUUAAUUAAUAUCGUUUUAAUAAUAUUGUCAUCUCAAAACUUUAAAUGUACCAAUAAAAUAGUUCUCAAAACAUCCGCUGCAAGGCGCUGCUGAUCUAGAUCAAACACAUGCGAAAAUUACCUCUAUUUAUUUCACUUUUAAAGCUAUAUUUCAACAUUUCUAUAUUAAGUACUUAAUACAAUGCUUUGAUGGUUUUUAUGACAGAUGACGUGUUUAAUAUGUAUUUUUUUAUUCUGUUAGAAGUUUCCUUAAACUUAAAAUAGUUUUCCUUAUUAUUGACAAUCAAGAAAAAUUGUGAUUUUUUGGCUAUAAAUGAGUUAUUCAAUAUUAUAUCUUAUAUUAUGAACUAUGACGUUUUUACAUGGGACGACUGUUUUUUUUUUGUUAAAAAUUAACGGUUUUGUGCCAAAUUUUGUAAUAAAUUAGAGCACUUAUUUUUUUUUAAUUUUGAUUUGUUGAUGCUUCAAGAUUCUGUAAUAGCAUGUCUCAAAUUAUGGAAAAAAUAUAAACAAAAGAAAUAUUUAAAAAGUGUAAUUAGAAAAAAGUUCAUAACCAUAAAAAUUAGUAUUACUUUAUACUUAGCUUAGAAUAAGCUGUUUACUUAUGUAACUUGACCAUUUUUUGUAAUUAUAAGUUGUAUAAUAAUUUAAUAGAAUAAGGAUGAUAAAUAAAGAGAUAAGUAAUA